ACCCCAGCUUCCUUAUCGACAAUAUCAUAAUGGGUCUUCUCUGUGUCCAUGAUUCCCCAUAUACAUAUUCUCCCUCCACACAUUUUAUAUAUACGUAUAACCUAGCUACUCCUCGAAAUCAAAGUCCGAGCGAUACUGCAUAUCAUGGAUUUACAAAGGAAGCCAAAGAAGGGAUUAUUCGCGCAUGUUUACAAAUCCGGAGCCGGAGCUCCCUCACCGGAGCCCGAACCUCCGGCGAGAAAAGUCGCCGUUGCUAGCUGGGGACUUAGGAGAUCAAAAACAUGUCGCGAGAAGGAGCACAAAGUUAAUGGGAACAGCAGAAAUGCAGUGUUGAAAGAAGAAGGAAAGAGUAGUAGUAGUGAUUUGGUUGAAGCAAGAAGAUCGGUGUCGCAGGUGGAGACGAAUUUGGCGUCGGUGGCGGCGUUCCUUCAGGUGAAGAUAUUGGCUGCCGACAUGCCGGCGCCGGUGCAGGUGCAUGCCUUCCGGUGCGCCCGGAGAAGCUUUGAUUGUUUGGAGAAGUUCAGCAGUAGGCACAUGGCUUUUAACAUGAAGAAGGAAUUUGACAGGGUGUAUGGGCCGGCCUGGCACUGCAUAGUCGGGUCAAGUUUCGGGUCGUUCGUGACCCAUUCGACAGGAUCCUUCCUUUACUUUUCUAUGGAGAAAUUGUUUGUUCUACUCUUCAAAACAAGAGUCCAACGAGCUUAAUUCCUCCUGUUUAAAUAUAAUUUUACAUAUAUAUUUUAUUCAACCGUGAAUUAUAUUAGUUAAUUUAAAAUAUUUAUAGCUUUGUGGCUUCGUAAUUAAUUCUCUAGUUCUUUCUUUACUUUUGUAGUCUAUUGAUUAGGGGGUGUUUCAGACUUUGAUUUAUGAAUGACGAAUUCCAGAAUCCUUAUCUCA